AACCAACAACCCACUCUUCUCUCCCCACCGCUUCUCCCCCCUCUCUCUCUCGCUCUCUCAACCUUUAUAAAUUGAAGAGGAUGCUACCAAGACAAAUUAAGGGGCCAAGAAUCCUCCAAGCAUUUUAAUUUUGCCACUCCUGAGAGAGAGAGAGAUGGUGAUGGUGCCAAAGAAAGCUUCCGUCUUUUCUUUGCCAGCUUUUGUUCUUAGCAUUCUUUAUCUCUUCCUCCUUGAUGAGAGAUCCAGAGCUAAAGCUACAACCGUCCCAUCCGAAGUCGAGGCGUUGAACGCGAUACUGGGAAGGUGGGGGCUGAAGGAGUCGGCGAAAUGGAACAUCAGCGGCGAGCCAUGCAGCGGCGCCGCCAUCGACUCCACCGAUUUUGACGGCUCCGACUUCAACCCGGCGGUCAAAUGUGACUGCAGCUACAACAAUAAGACCACAUGCCACAUCACCAAGCUGAAAGUAUAUGCCAUCGAUGUGGUAGGCACAAUCCCGGAGGAGCUGCAAAACUUGACGUACCUUAACAAUUUGAUUUUGUCUCAGAACUACUUGACUGGUACGUUACCAGCAUUUAUUGGGAAUUUGACCGAGUUGCAAUACUUGACUGUCGGUACAAAUGCAUUAUCAGGGACUAUUCCAAAGGAGCUUGGAAAGCUUCAAAAGCUCAUCUCAUUGAGCAUAGGUACCAAUAACUUCAGUGGUUCGCUCCCCUCUGAGCUCGGGAACUUGACCAAUCUCCAGCAAUUGUACAUAAAUAGUUGUGGACUAGGUGGUGAGUUCCCAUCAACUGUAUCAAGUCUCAAGAACUUGCAGACUUUGUGGGCAUCGGACAAUAAUUUCACGGGCAAAAUACCGGACUUCAGCGAGACAAACUUAACCACUUUGAGGAUGCAAGGCAACUCUUUUGAAGGCCCGAUCCCUUCAAGUUUUUCUAGUCUCACGAGUUUGACAGAUUUACGGCUAGGUGACAUAUCAAAUGGAAGCUCAACUUUAGCAUUUAUCAGUAAUUUAACAUCCUUAACCAACUUAGUCUUGAGGAAUAGCAGGAUAUCUGAUUCUAUUCCAUCGGACUUUUCCCGCUACACUAGUUUGCUAAUAUUGGAUCUGAGCUUUAACAAUUUGACAGGCCAACUUCCUCAAUCUCUCUUCAAUUUGAGUUUGCUCAGCUACUUAUUUCUUGGGAACAAUAGCCUCUCUGGUAGCUUGCCUGCCAGCAAAAGCACCUCACUUCUUAAUGUAGACCUAUCAUAUAAUCAACUGUCAGGAAGCUUUCCUUCUUGGGUUAGCCAACAAAAUUUGAAUCUGAACUUGGUGGCCAACAACUUUGUGGUUGAUAGUUCUAACAGCAGUGUUUUGCCUUCAGGAUUGAAUUGUCUUCAGCAAGAUAUACCUUGCAAUCGUGGAUCACCAAUUUAUUCUUCCUUUGCUAUAACGUGUGGUGGUAAUAAAACCAUAACAUCCUCUGAUGGAACUGUGUAUGAAAUAGACCGCAAAUCUCUCACAUCGGCAUCUUAUUACGUAACUGACGCAAAUAACUGGGCAGUUAGCAAUGUUGGAACUUUUAUGGACGCCUCGACUGCUGAUUAUAUACUGGACAGUGCAUCUCAGUUCUCAAACACUCUAGAAUCAGAGCUGUACCAGUCUGCAAGGCUAUCUCCAUCAUCAUUAAGAUACUAUGGUCUUGGGCUUGAGAAUGGAAAUUACACUAUAAAGUUGAAUUUUGCCGAGACACAAAUCCUCAAUCCACCUACUUGGAAAAGUGUUGGGAGGAGAGUUUUUGAUAUCUAUAUACAGGGUAAUCUAAAAGAGAAGGACUUUGAUAUUAGAAAGGAAGCUGGGGAGAGAUCCGUUAAAGCCGUCGUGAAAGAGUUCACUGCACCAGUGACAAAUAACUUUCUAGAAAUCCAUUUCUUUUGGUCUGGAAAGGGUACAUGCUGUGUGCCAACUCAAGGCUACUAUGGCUCAUCCAUAUCAGCUAUUAGCGUAUCUCCUUCCGACUUCACCCCUACUGUUAGUAAUAAACCACCAUCUACUCAUUCAACAAAUAAGAGGACAGGUCUGAUCGUUGGCAUUGCAGCUGGUGCUGUGGCUUUAGUCCUAUUUACUCUUCUUGUCAUGUUUAUAUAUAGACAGAGGAGAAGAUUAGGCAUGGAUGAUGAUGAAGAUCUGCUAGAAAUUAGUGCCAGACCAGACACUUUCACCUAUAUGGAACUGAAAACUGCUACAGAAAAUUUCAGUCCUGCUAAUAAGCUAGGAGAGGGAGGAUUUGGUCCUGUGUUUAAGGGUAUACUUUCUGAUGGAAGAAUUGUUGCGGUGAAGCAAUUAUCGGUAGCAUCUCGCCAAGGAAAGCGCCAAUUCAUGACAGAAAUUGCAACUAUAUCUGCAGUGCAGCACCGAAACCUUGUGAAGUUGUAUGGUUGCUGUAUCGAGGGAGGCAAGCGGCUCCUGGUCUAUGAAUACUUAGAAAACAGGAGCCUGGAUCAGGCACUCUUUGGUGACAACAACUUGCACCUUGAUUGGACCACUCGCUUCGAAAUAUGUUUGGGUGCAGCAAGAGGUCUAGCAUAUCUUCAUGAGGAGUCAAGCGUCCGAAUUGUACAUAGAGAUGUCAAAGCCAGCAAUAUUCUGCUUGAUUCUGAUCUCAACCCAAAAAUAUCAGAUUUUGGUCUCGCAAAGCUUUAUGAUGAUAAGAUGACUCAUAUUAGCACAAGAGUUGCUGGUACAAUUGGUUAUCUUGCACCGGAGUAUGCAAUGAGAGGGCAUCUCACAGAAAAAGCCGAUGUCUUUGGAUUUGGAGUCGUAGUUUUGGAGGUUCUCUCUGGAAGGCCUAAUUCAGAUCAGAGUCUUGAAGCAGAGAAAGUUUAUCUCCUUGAAUGGGCUUGGAAUUUACGGGAGAACAGGCGCGAGCUGGAGAUGGUGGACCCAUGGUUAUCAUCAUUCAAUGAAGAAGAGGCCAUCCGCAUUAUCAAUGUAGCUCUUCUGUGCACUCAAGCAUCGCCGAUGCUACGCCCGCCCAUGUCAAGGGUGGUGGCCAUGCUGGCAGGUGAUAUUGAGGUCUGUGAAGUCACAACAAGGCCUGGUUAUUUGACAGACUGGCAGUUCGAUGAUAUCAGUAAAAAUUUUGCAAGCAGUGGCUUUUCAAAGCACUCGAUAAUAAAAUCUGAAAAUAUCCAGACCAACAUACAUUCAAACAUAACCAUGGUAUCUGAUACAGAGCACUUGCCUUCACCCUCGGACCCCCCUUUGUUGGAUGAGAUCAUAAGCGAAGGAAGGUAGCAGCCGUUUGCAAGUAAAUUCCACUACGCCACUUUUCAUACUGCAAUUAUACAUUACAAUUAUAUCUUGUAAAUACAGAAAUCUAAAAUGCCAUGGUACCUCUGUAGACGAGGUUUUCUGA